AUGGUUUUAUCUGUAGCUGAAAGUGCAUUUAUAUAUGACUCCCUGGUGGCUAGUCAUCCAAUUAGACCAGAUUCAAGAAAGCCAACCCAAUACAGACCAUUAAAAGCCAACUGUGGAUUUUUACCGAACUCAAAUGGCUCGUCACGUAUAUACAAUUCUGAUGGUACAGAAUGCAUCUCAAGUGUGAAGGCAAAGGUAAUUCGGUCUAGUGAGAUUUCCGACUUGAUUAACGUGGAAAUAAAUAUAUUCGGUGAAAAAGACAAUACUACUCUAUGUCAACAUCUUACAACCCUGAUAAAGGAUUCUCUUAUAGACAGCUUCGAUUUUAGUGUUUUGAAAUUAACAGACAAAUAUUAUUUUCAGCUUUAUAUUGAUAUCUCCAUAUUGUAUCUUCCAGAGGACUUCCGCUACUCAUCAUAUACUCUAUACUCCAUCCUUUCUUUAAUAUCGAUGGGUGUUUACAUUGCACUUAAAUCAGCUAAGCUACCCCUAUUGAUAUCAGACAAAAAGGAUUUUGAGGUAGAAGAAGAGCCCACCUUUUCAGAUGAUUGGGAAGUAUCCGCUUUUCUUAUUCCAAGAAACGCAAAACGCUCUUUUCAACCUGCUCUUAUAUUCAUCGUUGGAUUAGCUGGAAACACGGUUAUAAUAGAUCCUUCGUUAGAAGAAGAACAAGUUCUGGAACACGGUAUAUGUGUUACUUGGUCAAAUUCAAAAGUAAGUGCUCCUGUGCAAUCAUUGGCUCUUUCAACAACAAACAAUAAGGGUUUAAAACCGCAAAUGAUUUUGAAAGCCAUGGAUUUAGUGAAAAUUGUUGCAAGUGAGGUUGGUGACGCAUUGGAUCUUAUUGCGGAACAAGAUAUUGACGAAUUCGAUGCUGUAUUCUAA